AUGGUGGGUGGCGAGGCGGCCGCCGCGGUGGAGGAGCUAGUUUCGGGGGUGCGGCAGGCGGCCGACUUCUUGGAGCAGUUCCGCUCCUACUCAGAGAGCGAGAAGCAAUGGAAGGCUCGCAUGGAAUUCAUUCUGCGCCACUUGCCCGACUACCGCGACCCGCCCGAUGGCGGUGGCCGCCUGGACCAGCUGCUGUCCCUCUCCCUGGUGUGGGCCAACCACCUCUUCCUGGGUUGCAGUUACAACAAAGACCUUUUAGACAAAGUGAUGGAAAUGGCUGAUGGGACUGAAGUGGAAGACCUGCCACAGUUUACUACCAGGAGUGAAUUAAUGAAAAAGCAUCAAAGCUGAGGCAGAAGAUUCAUCACAUUUUCAACAUCAGCUACAAGCUUAGGAAGGAGGCUGGGAUGAGCGUGACAUGGACCACAGCAGCUCUCUUAAGAUUCCCGCUAUUUCCAACAGGCAGGAAAGAGGCAGCUGGAAUGACAGUCUUGUCUAGUUUGGAGUUGUAAAAGGUCUCAUUCU